AGCAAUAUUUCUCAUUACAUUCUACAAACGAAUAAAGAGGUUACAUAGCAAAUCGCAGUGUUUCGAAGUGGCCGAAUUUUUCUGAUCGUUUAUUCUAUUCAUUCUAACAUGAUUUUCAUAUAUUUUGAGCAGAAGUAGUGAUUAAAUUUGAAAUACAAAAGGGACAAGUUGCUGUCAUCAAUGCAAAUGAGAAUGUCUCUAUUUUCGUAUGCUUUUGCCUCUGUAGUUUUCUUGGUAUUGCUGUCGAGUCAGGUAGACAAAACACAUGCCGGCGUAUCAAAUGGUGUCAUGCAGAGAUGUGGAAAUAAUGCCCGUGAAUUUCUUAGAUGGUUUUGCAUGGAUUCUUCAUUUGACUUUCCGUUUCCAUUCAACCGAGUUUACAUCAUAAUGAGAUAUCGACCUCCAGUUAAAGGUCUCUAUCCUUUCCAACAUCAGGCUUCAGUAUGUUGUAGGUUUGGUUGUCCUGAGAGCGGGUAUCAGAAGAUGUGUCAUUAUCACAAAAAAAUACAAAAUUGUGAAAGAUAUUGGAAUCACCGUAUCAGAGCUGGCAGAAGAAAACGACGAUAUUCGCAUUGUCGUUUGUAACUUUGAAGUAGGGAAUCUACAACAAAUGAGGAUAUAUUCGCAAAGUGCUGGUCACUGAAUGCCACCUCAACUAACUUGCUUUACCCAGAAUGCAAACUACGACGAGUGUAUGAAGUUUAGUUAACAUACCCUCUACAUGAAUUUAUAUUAGUCCGGUUUCAUAUUAUAUAAAAUAAGCUGGUGACCAAGAUAUUCUCUUCUGAAUUCAUUACCAUUUUGAAUUUUGAAGUUUAAGUCAAAAUGUGACGUGUUAAACGCGACACAGAACAUUUUACAAGUCAUACAGUGUGUUUAUCACAAAAAUAAUUUUUUUGAGAUAUUGCUGGCGAUAUACUCUAGUUACCCGACAAUUCUAUGUCUCAAAUAGUUAUAGUAAUCUUAGGAUGAAAGUAAAAACGCUUUGUUUACGUAUAUAUGUAACGCUUGCUUGUCUUUUCUUAUUUGUCAAGUGCUUUAUUUUUUAGCGCAUUCAACUUUUUGUGGCACUUUUUUAUUUCAUUUUCGAGAAAUAUAAAAUUAAAUAAAAAUGAUAAAACUUG